AUGUUCUACAACCUGUUACAAUUUACUGGCACAGGAGCUCCCAAGAUCAAAGAUGCAGCAGCAGCAGGGAAGUCAGAUGAUCCAGUGUGGCGGAAUGCGCCCAUGCCUCGCAGACGCACUACCUUGAACGGGACAAAUCUGACACCGCAGCUUAAUGCAUACAUUAAGGGUAAAGUACCAAAGGGAGAGCCCAGUUCUUAUCUGGAAUUGGUCCGCUCCUUGGGGGAGCUGCGCACCACCGGUGAGAAGGGGCACAAGCUGCUGCUGGCAACAGUUCUACCGAGGCUGGCGCAGUUUGAGGUGCUCCCAGCCCAGAUGCUGGUCCCGCAGCUGCUGCAACUAAUGGGCACAGGAGAUGAUAGGCAAGCCCUGCGCUUCCUCACGCACGUUAGAUUCACUCUCCCGAGCCAAAAGGACAGCCAUCAACUGUCAGGUUGCUUUGAGUAUGGCGCGCAGGAAUUUGCAUGCCCACCUCAUAACGGAGCUGCAGAGAUACCAAAGGAAGUGGCUGCCAAGUCAUGGCAGAAUGUGCUGGCACCUGAUGGAGACUCGCGCUUCAUUGACCUUGAGAUGCGCACCCUAGCCGCAGCAGCAAGGGGAACUGAUGGCAGGCACGACAAACAGCUGGCUCAGGCUGUGAGGGCUCUGCUGGAGAGAGCUGCCUCGAGCCCCUCACAGCUCCCAUCAGCCAAGCGCACUGGCCGCAGAUCCUCACAGGGAGAGAAGUGGGAUGUGCAAUGGAGCGCACUGUCUGCUGCACGCAAGGCGCUGCGUGAUGCUUCAACGCGGGGAAUGGACGGCAUUCUGAGCCAGGAGCCGGUUGUAGCGCGGCAUGCUCUGGCCCUGCUGGUGGGCCUGGCCAGACACAACGCCACACAGCUGCUAGAGCAGCACAAGGAGCUGGCCAGCCUGGUGAAUGGUGCCGCAGUCUCCUACGAGUCUUCGGGUCUGGUCGUGGGGAGCGACAGCAAGAAGACCUCCCCGAGCAAGCUGCAGGCGCUGGGGCCGUCCAUUAACAUCAUGGACAAGUGGGCGCGAGUGUACCUGGCGCGCCUCUGUGCAGCGCUGCUCUACGCUGACUGGUCCUCAGCCGCUGAAUUCGCCAAGGGGCUGGGGGCGCCCUUCUGGAGAAUGCUCACGCUCCUGGCAACCAGGGACAAGGAGGAGUUGGUGGUGCUGGAGGCGAUCAGGUCACUGUUUGGGUCUUUGCCGGCUGCAGCUGGCCCUCUCUUCUCUGCAUCAGCGGCAAGCGAAGACCUGAAGGAUGCCAAGAUGCGCGUCCGCGCAUGGGCGCUCAUGUUGUCCCAGGCCAAGCAGCCAGCCGUUCACAUCCCGGGUCUGCAGCCUGAGGCCAGCGCCACCUUGAUGGGGUCAGUGGGAGGGGCAAUAAGCACUGCGUUGGAGAGUGGGUCUGCUCCUUCAGUGUGCGCAGCAAGCCGCACAGCAGAAGCAAUGACUGAGGCUCGGGCGCGAGCCGGUCCUGGGACUUCAGAGGCCGAGCGCGUCUGCUCAACCGUCACAGAUGCACUGGGAAAGGUGCUGCAAAGCGGCGCCAGUCCUGCAGAGCGCUGCGCUGCCCUUCAAGCGCUCAUCUGGGCUCAGACGGCUGAGACGCUGCCCGGCAAGAUUGUGCGCCACGUAAGUGCAGAGGAUGGAGGCUUAGCAGAUCGUUGGCCUGCCGAUCUCAUUCAGUCACUGUUUCAGACGUUGCAGAAGGUGCUGCGUGCUGUCCCGCCAGCCGCACCCGCCUUGCUGAGCAGUGCUGCUGCUCUUGCCGCCGCUGCCCCUUCCGCUGUCAAGGCGGAGAUGCUUUUUGCCAUGUGGAGCGCAGCGAUGACGCAGGGUGAAGCUGUCAGGAUUGCUGCCUUCUCAUCAGCCCUGCAAAUCGUCUCCUCUCCCCAGGGACCUGCAUCUGCGCGGCCCCCUACAGGCGCAGCCGCAGACUCUGUAAGCAAGGCAGCAGCAGACGAUGCGGCGUGGACUGAGCUGCAGAAAGGGGCGGCAUGGUGGCUGGGUGAAUUUUCCAAUGCAGCAGCCGGCGAGGUGGCUGGGAGCCUGGCCAGGGAGGAGGACAAUGGGCUCCUGGACGAUGAGGAAGCCGCUCGCAUCAGCCAUGCUGAGGUCCUGGCAAUGAAGGCCCUGCGAAAUGCUCCUAUCGCUGCUGCCAUUUCACACCUGCAGCACGCCGCAGCAACGCUGCCUUGGAGUGUGCGCGUUGCCGCGGUGCAGGGCCUUGCAAAGGUGGCAGUGCGAUCAGAGGAGCCUUACCGGUUGCAGUGCUACACCUUCCUCGCAGCAGUCUCGCGCUCGGACUACCUCGGGCUGGCGUCCCACGUGCAGCCUGUGCUGCCGAUCUUGGACGCGCUGUACUCAACUCGCGCAGUGCUGGAGAAGCUGGCCCUGCAGCACGGCGAGCAGCCAGGCAAGUGGCCGCCGGCCGUUGUGAAGCAGCUGCGGCAGCGGCACAACCAGCUCACAGCGCGCAUCGAGCGCCACAUCUGCAGCCUGGCCAACGCUGGCUACUACCCUAUUGGUCCACGCAGCAAGGAGCUGCUUACCUCUGGGGUGGAGGGGCUGGCGCCUGGGGAGAGGCUGCCCAGCGAGGCGGCCAGGGCGCCCGAUGCGCUGUCCGCGCUGGCGACACGCGACAGUGGCCGGCCGCAGUUUGACGACCGCGUGCCCGCCGAACUGGACAGCGACGAGGAGAGCCCCAGCGAAACGCCGCGCGAACCCGAGUCCGUGCCAAUGACGCCGAUUCUGAAUGGCUCUGAUCCGCUGACGGAGCUGACGCGCAACUUAGAUGACCGCUUGCGAGCCGAUGCCUACAGACAGAGGGGACCUUCCCCGUGGCACACCACGUUUGAUGCGGAGCCAUCCUAUGAGGAGGAGGAGGACGUUGCAAGCACACGAUACCACUAUGAGGCAGAGCAGCCUGCCUUUGGCUUCACAGAGAGGGAUGUGGAUGUGCCCACAGGCCGCCACUCACGCAACUCCAGUGCAGACAAGGUGCACUAUGUCAAUGGGAGGGGCAUUGUGCAGCACACCUUUGAUGCUGAAGUGCCCGAGGAGCUCUCAGUCUAUCCUGGCGAGGAGGUGGAGGUGGUUGCUGAGGUGGACGGGUGGCUCCACUGCGUGGCCACCAACGGCUCCAAGGGGCUUGUGCCAGCCUCUUAUGUCAUGCUGCUCAAUGCAGACCAGCAGUCCCAGCCAUUCCGCACCACCUCCCCCACGUUUGAGAUGGAGCAGCCGUUGUUUGACCCUCUGGCGGAGCCGGACAUGCUGGCAGCGCUGACGCAGGCGGCGCCCCCGCUCAACAGCUGGAUGUCAUUUGACGAGCCUGACUCGUCCCCCUUCCGCCAGCCCUCCGAGGCCUCCACCGCCUUCGACCGCAGCUCCCGCUCUCUCAACACCUCCCAGGCUGGUGACGAGCGCUGGACGGAUGCGCAUUUUGAGACCGACUUUGGGUCGGGGCCGGCUGAGAGCGCGGCAGACGCCACCACCUCCGGCCCGGCCAGACAGGGGCCUCCUGUGCCCAGCCUGUCACUGCAGGAGAUCGAUGCAGCCAUCGAUAGAGAGAUGGACGACCUGAAGGCAUCGCAGUCAGAAGCAGAUGAGAAAGGAGGGCAGAGGGCAGUAGCAGAAACGAGGGCAGCUGCAGGGCCAGACACUGGCAGGUCACCACGGCCUUCUGGGGAGGGCAGCAGACCGGGCCCCAUCAGCACCCCUCGCCGGCAGUCCUUCUCAAACCCGCCGCUGACCAAGACAGCCUCUGCACGAUCAGCCGCCAGCUCCACAGGCGCACCACUGACGCCCGGCCGGCACUCGCGUGCGGGCAGCAUGGCGGAUGCUGGCAGCAGCCCACGCGUGACGCCGCGCCACUCGCGCACCAGCAGCAUCGAGGCCCUAGCCAAUGCUGCGUCCUUCGUGCAGCCCUACAAGGCCUCCAUCAUCUACGGCUUUGAGGCAGAGGCAGAGGAUGAGCUGAGUGUGGUGCCUGGAGAUGAGGUGACGGUGCACGUGGAGAUAGAGGGCUGGGUGCAGGUCACCAGGGCCAGGGAUGGCCAGAAAGGCCUCGUGCCGGCCUCCUACUUGAGCACUUUGUGA